AUGCCAAAAUCAUUUUCUGGAUCAACGGCUUUCGACCAUGCAAUGGCAGGAAUUACAGCAGGAGCUAUGACCACGAUUUUAUUACAUCCAUUGGACUUGAUAAAAACCAGAUUUCAAGUCGAUGAAUCUACAAAACGAAGACGUAGAUUUGGUGCUACAUUUAUAGAAAUGAAAUAUAUCGUCAAAAAACACCAAUUUAUAGGUUUAUAUCGUGGCGUUACAGCCAAUUUAGCUGGUGCUACUGCUAGUUGGGGAUUUUAUUUUUAUUUAAGGAUGGCGGAUGGAGAUAAGAUAUCGAAACUUUCUUCUAUACAACAUUUAACCGCAUCAGCCCAAGCAGGCGCAAUAACCGCAAUUUUUACAAAUCCGUUCUGGGUAGUAAAAACAAGAAUGUGUACGACCAAUCGUACAGAUCCAGGAGCAUACAAAGGAUUAUUUGGAAUUAGUGGAUUGUAUAAAGGAUUGAUACCUGCAUUAUUUGGUGUAUCUCAUGGUGCAUUACAAUUUAUGGCUUAUGAGGAAUUAAAGAGGUGGAGAGCUAGGAUUAAUCCAGAAAAAGAUCGUGAUAGAUUGGAUAACUUGGAAUACCUUUUAAUAGCAGCAACAUCAAAAACGUUUGCAACGGUAAUAACUUAUCCAUAUCAAGUUGUUCGGACAAGAUUACAAAAUCAAAGAUUCGAAAUAAAAUACGAUGGUGUUAUAGAUACGAUAAAAAAAGUAUACAAGGCCGAAAGUAUCCUGGGAUUUUAUAAAGGGUUAGUACCCAAUGUAAUACGUGUAUUGCCUGGAACAUGUACUACUUUCUUGGUGUACGAAAAUGUGAGUGCUUUCUUUAGAGAACAUGCUAGAUAUGAAUAA